UUGGAAAGGAAACAUUCGUGGUGUUACUGUUGAUCCUAAAAAUAAGUGCAACAACAAACUCCCAAAAAUAAGGUAGCAAAAUGGGAGUUAUAAAAGCAGUAGCAAAUCUCCAUUCCCCAUCAUCUCCACACCUCUGAGAACUGAAACGAAGAAAGAAAGAAAGAAGAGAGCUAACGAGAAGAAGAAGAAGAAGAAGAAAACACAAAAAAAAAAAAAAAAAAGAAUGGGGAAAUUCGAAAUGAUCCUUGUUUCGGCACUGUGCUUGGUGUCGCUCUUGGGCGCAGUGUCGUGCCAGAAGGACAAGGAUAAGUUCUUCGUGGAGGGGAAGGUGUACUGCGACACUUGCCGCAUCCAAUUCUUCACCAAAGUCAGCAAAUUCCUCGAAGGGGCUACCGUGAAAUUGGAGUGCAAAGACAGGGAAGGAGGGAGUGUGACCCUGAGCAAGGAGGGGGUGACGGACAAGACGGGGAAAUACAGCAUCGAGGCAGACGGAGACCACGAGGAGGAGGUGUGCGAGGUGGCGUUGGUGAAGAGCACCGAUCCGGACUGUAACGAGAAGUCGGAGGAGGGGUACGGACACAAGGCCAGAGUCAGCAUCACCGGCAACGUCGGAAUCAUCGACCCCGUCCGCCAUGCCAACCCGCUCGGCUUCAUGAAGAAGGAGAAGCUCCCCGAAUGCAAGGAGGUCCUCCGUGAGCUCGGUUUCGACGACGAGGGCAAUCCCGUCUAAAUCAAUCUCCACUUCUUCCGCUUAUUAUCCAUUAUUAUUAUUCCUCUCUUAUUAUUUCCAAUCAAAUCAAAUAAAUAAAUAAAAUCGUCUUUCUACCU